GUUAUAAUUUUAUGUAGUUAGUCAUAGUAUUGUUAAUAUAGUUAUAAGAUUUGUUUUGUUUGAAUAAAUGUAAGAUUAUAGUGUAAUUAUAGCAUUAAAUGUUGUACCAUAAAUAGUGUGAACCUGUAAUUGGAAGUCGGCCAUAGCAUAGUAUUUUUGUAAUUAGUUUAAAUUUUCUGUGUUCUUGGCCUUGUUAUACUUUCAGACCAAUAGGAGUCCUUCAUCAGUAUGUGCGCUCGUAGUGCGUGGCUUGACAGAGCGGAGGGCGCGGGAUACGUGAGGUGCGCCGACAGAGUGACGCACACGUUAGCACUGAAACUUUUGUGUCACUGUUAGUGUUCACGGGUAGCAACACCGAUGAAUCAUGAAUAAAGCCAAUUUAAAUAAAUUAAGUGUUCGAAUGUCUUUUUCUAAAUUUCAGUGGAUAAUUUAUUUGACGGCCCUGGUUUGGACAUGCAUAAGAUGCGAACCACCAGUAAAUAGCUACCUACCUCCAUCAGAAUCGAAUUCCCGACCUUCGUCACAAUAUGGAACUCCGGGAGCUGGGCAAAGGGGCCCUGGUCAAUCCAGGGGCUUUCCAGGAAACCAACCGGGAAAUAACUUUAACACACCAGGUGCUGCAAACUCUUUGUCUCCCGAAUAUGGAUUGCCUGGCCAAGGCUCUGGAUUUAAUCAGCAAGGAUUUGGGCAAGGAAAUUCACCUAGUGCUCAAUAUGGUGCCCCUAACGGGUUGUCGAACCAAUCGCCAUUUGGUACUGGGCGGGGUAGACCACAAUCUUCUUAUGGAGUACCAAAUCAGCAAUUGUCAGGAGGAAAUUUUCCAUUCGGUAGUAGUGGUAGUGGAGCGCAGCAACCAGAUAGUUCUUAUGGAACCCCAAACAGUGGAUUCCAGUCGCCAACCGGUGCGGGUUCAGGUGGACUUCGACCAGGUGGUUCUCGGUCGCCAAGCAGGGGACAGCAAAGAGGAUCUCCAUCAUCGUCAUAUGGGACCCCUGAUUUCGGUAAUGAUAUAGAUGAUAAAAAUAGUAAUUAUCGUGGAUCAGGGGUAGACGAAAAUAACGGCCCUGCAAAAUAUCAAUUUAGUUAUGAGGUAGAUGAUGCAGAGACAGGUACAAAAUUUGGUCAUUCAGAACAACGAGAUGGGGACGUGACUACUGGGGAGUAUAAUGUGGUGCUGCCAGAUGGCAGAAAGCAGAUUGUUGAAUAUGAGGCAGACCAAGAUGGAUACAAGCCUCAGAUACGAUACGAGGGCAACGGAGCUGGUUUUGGCGGUGGUUUUGGCCUUGGUGGAAACCAAGAAUACCCCCAGUCUGAUGUAAAUAGAGCCAAUUCUGUUGCUGGUGAAGGCGGUUAUCCCAGAGGAGGUCCAACAGAGUUAAGGGGGUUAGGAGUACCAUCACUUGAAACUAGCCAAGGUGGAGGAUUUGGUCAAGAUGAUGGUUACCCUAGAGGGCCAAAUGAUCAAAAUGGCUACCCCAGACGACCAGGUAAUCAAGGAGAUUACGACGGUCAAAACUGCUCUGGAUCAAACUGCAACAAUCAAGACGGAUAUCCAAACCAACAAAGAGGCAAUGGAAAUUUCGGGAACUCAAACAAUGGCGAGGGUUACUCAAGCGGUGGACCAAAUGGUCCGAGGGGUUCAGGAUAUUAAAUCUACUCAAAACAUCCUUAUAUCUCAGUGUAA